GUACAAAACGAAUUAAAAUUAAUAAUUUUAUACGUUAAUAUACGAUGAUUAAAUGGAAUCUUCGCAGCCAACGUCCAUCAUUAAAGAUGUUGGUCUAAAUAGAAAAUCAAAGCAACAUGAGAAAAAAUCUAGACAUAAUCCUCUUAGGAUUUUAAUAAUUGAGCCUAGUGGAAGGUAUUGUAGAAGUGUAUGGUGUGCUAUUGGUUUGGGUCUUGUUCACAUUCUACUGGGUGCCACAAAUAUGUCGGUUUUAAUAUAUGGUAUUAUGAAACAAGAUGCACAUGCCGCAUUGUGUACUAUUGCUUAUCAUUUUUUCUCAGCGGAAGCAAUAUUGAGUCUUAACUAUGCAAAUGGCUGGUCAACACCAAUGAGAUUAAGACACAGAAGGCUUGCACACACUUUACUCCAAAUGUGUGCAAUGGCUUUGGCUAUUACGGGUACAGUGUUGAUAACUAUAGACAAAGGAUUAUCUAGCAGCCCUCAUGGAUUAACAGGACUAACAGCUGGUGUAUUAGCGUGCAUCGCAUUUUUAUCGGGGGCCUGUGGUCUUUUCGGUGGUCGCAAUCUGAAACUUUUCCACAUAACAUUCGGAAUACCAACAUUUAUGUUGUCAUCUAUCUCAUUCUGUUUUGGACUUUUCACUAAAGAGUUUAAGGACUGGGCGGGAUCGACUGUGGUGUUCAUUUUACUUGGUUUUAUUAUAUUUUAUUCGUCUUUUAUUAUGAUUACGUGUUUCAUUAAGUACGCAAUGAGAAUAUAA